AUGCCGGGGUUGACAUGCAACGCCUGCAACAAAGAAUUCCAGGACGAGACCGACCAAAAGACCCAUUAUAAAUCCGAAUGGCAUCGCUACAACCUCAAACGCAAGGUUGCAGGUGUUCCUGGAGUAACCGAAUCACUUUUUAUUGCUAGAGAAUCUUCUCUUGCAGAAGAGAAAAAGAAAUUAGAUGAAACCCCAAUGAUGUAUAGUUGUGGCCUUUGCGGCAAAGGAUACAGAAGUUCCAAAGCUCAUGCUCAACAUCUGCAAUCUAAAAGUCAUUUGAUGCGGGCUUCAGAAGGAACAAGCAACAAUGAGGGUACUAUGAUAAUCAAGCCACUUGCUCGUCGUGUUGGAAAAGAGUCUCCACAUCAUGUAGAGCAGGAUGUUGAAGAAAGUGAAGAGAGUGAAUGGGAAGAGGUGGAUUCGGGGGACGACUUAAUUGGAGAAGCCACUGAUUCUUUGACACAAUUAAAGGUAAAUGUGCACAACUCUAAUGACGAUAUGGAGGAGGAUGCGAUGAAUGAUGAUGAUAAGGAAGUGUUGGAUCCCUCUUGUUGCUUCAUGUGUGAUUUAGAACAUGAUACAUUAGAGAGCUGCAUGGUUCACAUGCACAGACAGCACGGCUUCUUCAUACCAGAUGUCGAGUAUCUGAAGGAUCCUCGUGGGCUUCUAACAUAUAUUGGCCUUAAGGUCAAGAGGGAUUUUAUGUGUUUAUAUUGUAACAACAGAUGUCAACCUUUCAGUAGCUUAGAGGCAGUUCGGAAGCAUAUGGAGGCAAAAAGUCAUUGCAAAGUGCAUUAUGGGGAUGGUAGUGAAGAUGAAGAAGCAGAAUUGGAGGAAUUUUAUGAUUACAGUAGCAGCUAUGUGGAUACAGAUGGGAAGCAGCUUAUUGCAGUCGAUGAUACGAGCAACACUGUUGAACUUGGUAGUGGCAACUCUGAGCUUGUUAUAACCAGAAGAAAUGAUGGCACAACAUUAACCACAAUGCUUGGAUCAAGGGAGUAUUUAAGAUACUACCGGCAGAAACCGCGUCCAACACCUGCAAAUAACACUGCAAUCACCGCUGCACUAACCUCAAGGUAUAAGAACAUGGGUCUGGCAACUGUGCAGUCGAGAGAGCAUGUGGUUAGAUUGAAAGUAAUGAAGGCAAUGACUAAAUCGGGGGUCGAAGCUAUGCGUUCUAAGAUUGGUAUGAAGAGUAACGUUAUCCGCAACCUCCCCAAUAAUGUACCGUAUUAG